UAGCAUAAUAACGAAUGUUGAAUAUGAAAUAUGUAGUCUAUCAAUAGAAUCUAAUUGUGUUGUGCGUGUCAUUGUUUAGCUUAUUUCAACAAACUCACACACACACAUACACACACACAUACACACACACACAAACACAUACUUGAGUAAUUAUGUACAAAAGAAGAAAGGAUCAAUUAAUUUAUUCAUUUGUACCGAUAAGUGUUUUUUCUACAAUAACAAUGGUUACUAUGUUCAUUGAUACAGUAUAGUAUUGAUGUAGCAAAUUUUGGCUUAUAGGUAUUUGAUUGUAAUAUUAGUAAUAAUAUUGAUUAUAUUUUAUAAUAAUAUAUUAAUUUAUUUUAACACGCCGAACUUUCAUUUAAAAAAAUCUUUUUCUGUUUAACAAAUUAAUUCUUAAUAGAUAAACCAUAAGACUCUCUUGUCUUAUCUUAGGUAAGAGUCUUACUUAUGAUGAACAAUACCAGUUUUUAUUUAUCUUAUAAAUAACUGACUGAUUAGCUGUCUAAUUAAUUAAUGGGCCACUUAAUUGAUUAAUUAAUCAGUUAAUUAAGUAGGUGAAGUAAGAAAGGGAUAUUUAUAUCACGCAUAACAUAGGAUUGACGUUUUUCAACCAAAAUUUGACACACUAAGAAGAAAAAAUAAACAUCUAAAAUGGACGCCAUUCUCGAUUUUUUUGGUAUGUCAAAGUUGAUAACCUCGAGGCGAGGCGAUGACGACCGCGUCGAUCGCUUGAAUCGCAACGUCACUGUCGUCAUGCUGAUCUUCUUCGCCAUCAUCGUCACCACGAAAACUUUCGUCGGCGAUCCAAUCUACUGUUUCAGUCCUGGCGAAUUUGACAGUACCCAACCUGACUAUGCCAAUAGUUACUGCUGGAUUAGGAACACCUAUUCCUUCUCCAAUGACCAUCAGAAUAAGGACUUCGAUAAAAUCAAGGAUCAAAAUAGAGUGACGUACUACCAAUGGGUUCCGCUAAUCCUUCUCGUUCAGGCAUUUUUCUUCUACGUCCCACACGUUUUGUGGAAAAAUUGCAGUGGAAAAUCAGGACUCGAUCUCAACAGCAUUGUGGUUGCCGGAGAGAGUUUCUUAGCCACAGAGACCGCAGAAGUUCGAGACAAGACGGUCAGCUAUAUGAUCAGUCAGAUGGAUAGAUAUUUGGCGGAAGCCAAGAAGAACUACUACCAUGAACCAACGAUAAGUUUCAAGCAGCUUUUCGCUUGUUGCUCGUGCUUUCACGGUUGCUACCUCUUCAGUUUUUACCUCUUCGUCAAGUUCCUCUUCCUGUUAAACGCCAUCUGUCAAUUUAUUUGUUUGAACCUUCUGUUUGGAAGCGAUUAUUAUUCAUUCGGGGUUGAAAUCAUAAAGACUUCCAUGAAUGAUCAGUACGGAGCCGUCGGCAGCCGCCAGUUUCCUCGGAUGACCAUGUGCGAUUUAAAAAUAAGAAGAGUGGUGAACAUCCACGACUAUAAGAUCCAGUGCGUCCUUCCCAUCAACCACUUUAACGAGAAAAUCUUCCUGAUGCUCUGGUUCUGGUUCCUCAUCAUGAUCCUCGUCACCGCCCUUUCCCUGCUCUCCUGGCUUAAAAGGAUGUACCCGCGUUCCAAACUCUUCACCUACACCUACCGACACCUCAAAUACGCUGCCGUGGCCUCAAAUGAUCAGGGUUUGGAUGAUGAUACUGAUGAUGAUAAUGAAAGCGAUGAUGACGACGACGACGAUGAAGGAACAUUCAGAAAACAGGUCAAACAAUUUGUAGACUACUUGAACCGAGAUGGAGUGUUCGUCGUCAAAUUGUUAGCCAUAAACGCCGACACGAUCACGGCUUCGGACUUUGUGUAUGCCCUCUUCACCAACUUCCGAAACAAAAACGUAAUCAAAACGGCGAACAAAAAGUCGGAACGGGCUGAACUGCACGGCACCUCAAGAAAGCGCCAUUUAUGCUGUACGUCAGGAGAGCGCGAGGAAGAGGACGAAGGCGACGAAGUUGACACCAAACCCAAGAGGAAACCACGACGCGACGCUUCGAAAAAACGCCGUGGAUUCUUCGGCAAGGGAAGUUACGUCAAUGACGACGAUGGUAUACCUAUGAAGAAAAAAGGUCUCGGUAAGAAAGGUCGAUGAUGACGUUAGAGACGUCUUCAUCUUCGUUGUUACUCAGGACAAUGUUAAUUUUACCCAAAAAAACCCACCGUAUUUUAAUGACACGCUAAUAAAACGCGUUACUCAACGAUAUUCAACAUCAUGGGCAGACAUCUUCAAAUUCAAGUAAACCACACAAUGUACAUAUUCGCAUGUGACGUAAGAACGUUUUAAUUUCCAUAAAAAAAGUAUUAAUACCGCCACGUAUACAACCUAAAAUAUGUCUUUGUCAGACGAGUAUUCCAAACGCGAACAAAUAUUGAUGAUAUUGCUUCUACUACCUUCAUUUUUCCAUCAAACUAACAUCAAAUAGGUUUUAUUUUCAUUUUUAAAUGUAUAUAUUUUAUUUCUGUAAAUAUUUUGCCUUACAAUUCUCUUUAUUUUUACAUAAUAAACCGAGAAAUGUUUAAAAACAAA